AUGAAUGACUUCAGUGUUGCCAGUGUUGAUCAGUUGGAUGUGACUAAUAAUCCGGAGAUUCAGCAGCAGUUGAGUCAGGAUCUUCAUGAUGUGAAGAUUUUGCGGUCACCUUCUUUUGGUGCCCUUAGUAGAGAGGAAAGCCGGAACAACUCCGUGAUAGGCUCUCUUAUAGAUGAUGAAUUGGAUGAUGAUAAUUCGGGAAAUAGUGAAAGUCGGAGCAACAGUGUGGCUACAAAUAGUGGCAUUCGAAUUUAUACCCUUGCAGAUAUGAUUGAAGCUCUUAGUAAGCCGAGGAGCAAAAUUAAUACGGACUCCAGACUUUUUUUGUUAAGUCUGGCAUACAAGAUGCUCAUUCGCAGGCCGGACAUGGCCAAUGUGAAUGAGCAGGAUAUGGAGCAGUUGAUUGGGUACAUCAAGACGUCUAGAUCGGAUAUUGAGAUGGUGUUGUCGAUUAAAUUGGCCUCUGCAUAUGGUGCUACAGAUACCGACGAAGUUGGUACCGAAUUAAUGGACGAGUUGAUUCCUUUACUCUUUGGUAAGAUCUUUGACUUCACUAACAGCGUUUUUUUGAGAUCCAAUUGCAUUGCCGCCUAUUUUAGUCUACUUUUGGUGAUUUUUGACGGAUCCGAUUGUUACAGUGUUGCCGAUAAUGUGAAUGGAUUUCUUGAGUUAGUGGAAGGUUACCAGAGCCCGAAAAAUGCCUCAAGUGAAUCCGAUAAGGAUACCGAGUUUCAGUGGGAUAUUGUUGCCGGUUCGAUCAACGGAAUCUGUGUUAUUCUUACGUUGUUGUACAAAAGUGGGAAGAAUGAUAUCAAUGAACUAAUCCAAGACUGUCUACCCAGAUUAAUACCUUUCUUUGGAAGCGAAUUCCCAAGAAAGGUCCACAAAGCAUUGUGUAUAUUGAUCGGUGUCAUGUAUGAGGCAUUUGACUAUAAAGCGGAGGAGAGGGAAGAAGAAGAAGAAGGCAAUGACGAAGCGGGUAUAAGUGAAGGCCCUUACUAUGACGUUGAAGAAUUAAAGAUGAUGAUAGGAGAUCUCUCUAGAGAAUCGACAAAGAAAGUGGGUAAGAAGAACAAGCGAGAAGUUCGGUCGAUUUACAGAGACGCUUUACGGACAAUUGAGGAAGCCAACAAAGAGAAGGAUGAAGAUGAGGAGGAAUUGGAUGAUGCUGAUAUCAGAGUGAUUUCCCGCUUCAGUAUCAGUAAGAAUAAGCAAGUGCCAAUCAGGUCGUGGUUUGCAUUUGUGAGAUUGAUUCAUCUAAAGUAUUUGUUCGACACAGAGUUGAGCUCGCAUUAUUUAUAUUCGAAGGAAGUUCGGGAGUUAUUAGCAAGACCGGAUGAACAAGUUGAGUAUGACAAUGACGACGAAGAGGUUUCUGGAGUAAAGCAUUGGAAGGGUAGACAGGAUAAAGUGAGUGGUAAGAAGAAGGAUAGCAGGAUUCAAAGAGCAAGAGAUAGGAAACUGUUGGAGAAAAUGGAAGGAUUGAAUAUUUGA